UCACAUGACAUCCGUUUCCCAUGUUGCUCUCCGACAGAUUCUGCUGAACUUACAACUGGAUCUAGUUCCAACUCUAUAGAAGUACAUUACCUCAGCAAAAAAAAAUUGCCUUUUGUUAUUUAGUUAGUAUUUGUUUGCUUUUUAUACAAAAAAAAUGUAGACCUAUCAGGAAAAGGGGAAUGUACGGUCACAGAACUCGGUUGAAAAGUAUCGUACUUUAAUGGGAGGUUGUAUGUAGGAAGCGACAUGAUGAUUGUUGGGAACGGUAAAGGCUUACUUAAAUAGGACUCGUAUUGUGCAUUUUGUGUAUGCCGAAGUGAAAACGGGACUCUAACAAAGCUCUGACUACUUUCCUUUUCCAUUUCAAAGGAGCGUUUGAUUUGUUCUGCUGAGGCUUCCUCCAAUGAUCUGAAACAGAGCAGAAAGAGUUGGUCUCCGAGAGAGAAACAUGCCGUCUAACAAGUCGGUGUCUGACGCUCCCAUCACUCAGUUCGUCAACUGCAGAAUCCUAAGAGACCACCGGCUGCAGAGAGAGGACCUGUGGGUGCGUGACGGGAGGAUUUUAGACCCAGAGAAGCUGUUCUUUGAUGAGCAGGGAUACGCUGACAAACGUGUGGACUGUGAAGGCAGCAUCAUCGCCCCGGGGUUCAUAGACACCCAGAUCAACGGAGGAUAUGGCAUCGACUUCUCUCAGGCCUCUGACGACGUGGGAAGUGGAGUUUCUUUUGUGGCCAAAAAGAUCAUAGAGCACGGCGUGACAUCCUUCUGCCCCACCCUGGUUACCUCUCCCCCGGCUAUCUACCACAAGGUUCUGCCUCAAGUCAAAGUUCACAAUGGAGGAAAACAUGGAGCUGGAGUUCUCGGGGUCCAUCUGGAGGGUCCGUUCAUCAGUGCGGAGAAGAAAGGAGCUCACCCAGAGCAGUUUCUCCGUACCUUCCGCUCAGGUGGACUACAGGACCUGAUGGAGGCCUUCGGCAGCCUGGACAACGUUGCCAUGGUGACGCUGGCUCCUGAGCUGGCCAGCAGCCAGUCAGUGGUGAGGGAGCUCUCUCAGCGAGGUGUCACUGUGUCCUUAGGUCACUCUGUGGCCAACCUGUCCCAGGCUGAGGAAGCCGUACAGCACGGAGCAUCCUUCAUCACUCACCUCUUUAACGCCAUGCUGCCUUUUCACCAUCGUGACCCCGGCAUA